AUUAACUUGUCUUCUCUUUUACUAACAAUACCUACUUGUUGUGUUUGUACAUUUGUUAACCUUCUCCUUUCAGAUUGUAUACCGUCCAAUUUUGUAACUUCGUGUAUCUUCAAACCAUGACAUUGGCAGAAUCACCGAAAGUCCGGUGGAAGCCAUAAUAUAGAAAAGAAAGAAAGAAAGAAAGUACAAGGGCACUGCUUAUUUCUAGAGGAAUUUCUUCCAGCAGGCCCACGACAGGUAGUUUUCAGGUAGAAAAAUAUGUCCACCCGUGCGAAGCCGGGGCGGGCCGCUAGUAUCAAAUAAACAAACAUACAUGUACUACAAUAUAAAUGACUAGUGGAUGCGUCCCGACGACAACGACAGGACUUGCUAUUAUAGUAUUCUGAUUAAACAAGGACCUCCCACAUCAAUUUUGUUAUUCAUAUCAAAGGCACAACUAAAUUAAAUAAGCGAGAACAUUAUCUACAAAAUGAGCUCGAACAAAAGUAUCAUUGAAUACAGAAAAGGUUCUAUUUUAAUAGUGCAAUACAACAACCCGAAGAGAAAAAAUGCCUUUAAUUUAAUUAUGUAUGAUAGAGUUUCCGAAAUCUUGAGAAGUGCAGCCGAGGAUAGCAGUAUAUCUGCUGUAGUGCUUACAGGAACAGGUGAUUUUUACAGUAGUGGCAAUGAUCUGGCCAACGUGAACGCAAAUAUGAUGGAUUUGAUGAAUGCUCUGAGAAAAUUUAUAAGGGCAUUCAUACUUUUCCCAAAAACUCUUAUUGCUAUAGUCAAUGGCCCUGCAAUUGGUAUAGCUGCCACCACACUUGCUUUAUGUGAUCUAGUAUUUGCUUCUGUAAAUUCAUAUUUUUACACACCAUUUGUUAAACUGGGUGUUGUUCCCGAGGGUUGCUCUUCACUUACAUUCCCUAGAAUAAUGGGUGAUAGAAAGGCACUGGAAAUGUUACUGUUUAAUCACAAAAUGUAUGCAGAAGAAGCAUUGGCAUGCGGUUUUGUUAAUUUCAUUUACAGUCCUGAAGAAGUUCAAGAAAAAGUUUGGAAUGCAAUUAUUAAAGUAUCAGAGUUAUCAUCAGAAACUGUUUCAAAUGCGAAGAAACUGUUGAGAAAUAAUAUCCAAGAACAAUUACUGGAGACUAAUGACAUAGAGUUAGAAGAAAUUAUUAGAAUAAGAAGUGGAGGGAGAGUCACUGUUAAAUUUGAUUCCAUUAAAAGCAGGUUAUAGUA